UCCUCCCUCCUACUCGUCUGGCCAGUUGUGUCAACAUGGCAGCGCUGAAUGUCAUUGUGGAGAAGUUGGUGGUAUUCUGGAGGGGAAAUAUCGUCCGAAAUCACUUCCAAUGGAUAUUUGUUUUAUUUUCAGUCGUGGGGUCUUUUCUGAAAGAGAUGGAUCUCGUCCCGCAGACAUAUUUCAGCAGCAGCAGAAAUGCCCUGAAUGUGUAUUUUGUCAAAGUUUCGUGGGGGUGGACGUUGCUGCUGCUGACACCCUUCCUCCUCAUCUCCAACUCCUCCUUCAACAGGAGUGUGACCUUCCUCGGCCGGCGACUGCUAUCUCUGGUGGUGGCAACAGCCGUCUGGUACAUCUGCACCGAAACCUUCUUAUACAUUGAGGACAUGACCAGCUCGUGUUUUGAAACUCACGCCAUGGAUGUUGUCAAGAAGGAGUUCACAUCCAAAAUCAGCUGCAGGCGGGCCGGCUUCCACUGGCUCGGCCAUGACAUCUCGGGACACUCCUUCAUCCUGGCCUAUUCUGCUCUCUUAAUCAAGGAAGAAACUUCACCUAUGGACUCCCUGCAGACAGCCAAGCUCUCUGCUCUGCCCAGGAUGGUCCUCAACCUGCUGUAUGUGGCCUUGAAUCUGAUAGUGACCAUUUGGGUGUGGAUGUUUGCCUGCACCUCUGUUUACUUCCAUGACCCACUUCACAAGUUUGAAGGGACCGCAUGCGGCCUGUUGGGGUGGUAUCUGACUUAUCGGGUUUGGUAUAAAAUACCUUUGUCACCAGGACUCCCCCCUCUGCCCCCCCCAAAAGAAGAGAAACAACACGACUAAGCUGCUGUCACAUUUUCCGGUACAACACUGUUGCUAAUGUUGCAGCCAUCCUCCCAACAACACACUACAGUCGAUGUUUUCUGUCUCCGGGUCCAAGCUGGCCGUGCUAUUUUAAGCUUUUUUAAGUUAUUCCUUCCUCACAGAAAGGUCAUUUUUGUACAGGAUGACUGGCUUGCAGUUCCUCCACAGUGUUUGGCAGCUGCUCUACCCAAAAUGGCUCUUGGUAAUCUGAGAUAAAAGCAAGACACUGCUCUGCUGCCCCCCUUCAGCCUCUCACCUUCAGCCUCUCACCUUCAGCUUCUAUGGCUCGCAUGCUACGCUGUUUCCCAGUCUGUUGCCUUAUUGUGCUUUACUCAGAGCAAUCAGUUUUUAGAUGUCUGAGUGGGAACACUUGAUAUUGUUUACAGUUCAAGUUAUAUAGCACUGAUGAUGUGUAUUUUUGCAGACCAAUGUACAGUAGCAGAUAGUAGUAGUAGAUUGUUUUUAUAGGAAACUACCUGCAGAACAUGAGACUAAGUGAGAUCAGACACAUUAACUACACGGGUCCCACAUUUCAUCCUACAAGGAUUUCAAUGAGGGCAACCCCAUUUUUUUAAUCACGUGGUUUGUGGUUAGUAUAACUUUGUGUCAACACUAUAUGUAAACUAUUAAAAACACCCAUGUGAUUAACAACA